UUGUUUACUUCCCUUAUCAACCGUCUGCUGAACUUCGGGAUUGUUGUUUGGUCAUGUUGUAAAUUUUUCUGCGUUUAAAUUUUUAUUUGAAUUGUAGAAUUAGUCAAAUAUGAGUGUUGUUAAAAACGCUAAUGUUAUUAAUUCUGGAUCUAAAAAGAAAAGCGGAGGAAUUUUGCGACAAGCGAAGUCUCGCAGGGAUCCUGCAGCAGACGCAGAUCCUAUAACAGAAGAAGAGUUGCUACAAAAAGAUGUCAUUACACCCGAUGAUGUUCUUAGGUUAAACAAAGUUACUGAAAAUUAUCUUUGCUCACCAGAAGCUAAUGUUUAUGAUAUAGAUUUUACUCGGUUUAAAAUAAGAGAUAUGGAAACUGGAACAGUACUUUUUGAAAUUGCAAAGCCUCCGCCUCCACCAGAAGAGGAUGAUCUAGAUUAUAGAGAUCACGAACAAGAGGAAGCAGAUCCCAAUGCUGGACGAUUUGUUCGUUAUCAGUUCACACCACAGUUCCUGAAGCUUAAAACAGUAGGAGCAACUGUUGAAUUUACUGUGGGUGAAAAACCAGUUAACAAAUUCAGGAUGAUAGAACGUCAUUAUUUUCGAGAGAAACUCUUAAAAACAUUUGAUUUUGAAUUUGGUUUUUGCAUUCCAAACAGCAAAAAUAGUUGUGAGCACAUAUAUGAAUUCCCAGUUCUGGAUUCAGAAGUCUGUGAAGAAAUGAUUGCAAAUCCUUUUGAGACUCGAUCAGACAGUUUCUAUUUUGUGGAUGAUCGUCUAAUAAUGCAUAAUAAAGCAGAUUAUGCUUAUAAUGGAGGACUACAACAGUGAAAGCACUUGUGGCCUGCAUAUAUGCACCUGGCACUUCUCAAAGUGAGAACAUCACAUGCAACACUGCAGGCAUUGGGCCGUCACCAGUGGUUGAAUUGAAAAUAGUGAUUUAUAUAUAUAUAUAUGUAUAUGUUGUAGGUGUGAGAAUCUAUUACUGUAAAACGGUUUGAUAUAAAGUCAGCAACAAGAGGAUUGAAUCUGCAGAAAAUACUGUAUGAAAAUGCAUAUCAACAUCCAAAGCAUCAAAGAAAAACAGAACAAUGUUCCUCUUAAGAAAAAAAUCAAAGAAUAUUUGCAUGUAUUUCUCUAAUUGAACCACUGGUGCAUGCUUUGCAUUAGCUGCCUUCCUCACUUGUUUCUUUUUUACUUGUUGCUAUGGUAUUUUGGAAAGGAUAGGGGUGCAAUCUGGAAAUUACCUCAAGUUCCAAACUAGUCAAACACUACAUGGUUGAGAACUGAAAAAAAGAUGAUUAAUAUGAAUAAAUAAAUGUAUUGAAGUGUGUGGGAAAUGUUUUUAGGGAUUGAAAAUUUGCUUAAUUAUUUGUUUCUUAAAAGUUUGAUUUGAUAAAUAUUGUAUCUAGUCUUAUGUUGUGUAUUUUUUUUUUAUUUCAAAUUCUUUUUCUUUUAUGUAUGCAGUUUCUUAACUGACCAAGCAUUUAUUGUUUUCUUGUUAAACAUCCCUCUUGUUUAUGCAUGCUUAUUAUUUGUUUUUAUAUAAGAUAUAUGAAUAUAUCUUUAGGAUUUUUCAAAGUAUUUUCUCAUGUAAAGAUAAUUAAAUCACUUUUUUUAAAAAAUAUUUUGAGAUAAACUUAAUUUAUAUAAUUUUAAAAAAAAUUAUUUGUGAAUGCAUACUUGCAAGUGGAAUUUCUUUCUUUAUUUAUUUUAUCAUUAUUUUAAUGAUAAUUUUUAAAGCUUCCACUGAAGAUUUUCUCCCUUUUAUUUCUGUGUAUGUACUGUCAGAUUUGGGGAAUUAAUUAAAAAAUUAAGAGCUACCUAGUUGAUACUUUAAUAACUUUUCAUAAUGCACAAUUUUGCUGCAAUUUCAGCUAAGCAGACAUUUUUGACAUUUAGAAAUGAGCAUGUGUGAUUAAAUAAACUGAAAAACUCUUGUGAUUGCAGAAGUAGAAAGUCUUGAAUCCUAAAAUAUAUUCAAUUCUAGUAGGAGAAAAAGGAUAGUAUGAAAUGGUUUGUAUGAAGACUCAUUUAUUCCUCAUAAAAAAAAACUGGAUUUGCUAUGAAAAGACUUGCCUCUGUGAUGUAUAUUUGAACAAUACAGCAUGUGUUUACAAACAUGAUGAAUUCCUUUUAUUUACUUAAACACUGUAUCCAAGCUCACAUUGAAAAGAAGUGAAUUUUUAUCUUGUGUAGAAUGGCUGCAAGCAGAUAUCUACUUAGAAUGAGGUAUGUUUGUUUUUAAAGAUAGUUCAAUGGGUGGACAUUUUUAAAGCAUGUAGGUGUUUAAUACUGCACACUUUCAUAAAUGUGUUAUGUUUUUAACUUGUUGUUCUUUUAGACGUCUUUCCUGUACUAAUGCAUCAUCCUGUAUUUAUUUAUGUGUUAAAGAUUUUCUAUAAAUUCUAGUGCAAUGAAUUUCCAAAGAUGGAGCUCUUUAAAGGGCAUCUGACAGUAAUGUUUUCUGUUUGAUACAUUUUAUUAAGAUUGGUACACCUAUUUUAUUUAGUAUUGCCUUUCCAUCAAUCACAUUUGAUGCGUGAGUAAGGUGCUUUGUCUAUUUAGGCAACCAGGGACCACUAUUGCGUAUUGCUCUUAAUAGAUUUUGUUCAAAUGGAACAGCAGGAGAGUCCUGCAUGAGCUUGAACUGUGAAGCCUAGUCAAAGUACAUAUUCAUCCUUCUUUCAAACCCCAUUUUGUUUUGAUUUAUUUUAAAUAUUGAUUUGAGAUAUAUCUUAUCUUGUUUUUUUCCCACUCUUAUAAAAACAAUGUAGUCUAAUUUUCUCUGAAAGAUCUUUAGGAAGGCAAUUUAUCCUCAUAUGGUGCUCCAAGGUCACUUUGACCUAUAGAAGUUGUCACAUUUCCCUUUUCUCUGGGGACAUAAUGCACAAAUACAGUUUCACCUGCAAAUUCUUCUGGAAGGCAACUUACUUUCAUAUGUUUGAGCUAAGCCAGUUGUCUACUUGAGUUCUCCAAGGUUAAUUGAUUAACAGAGAUGUCAAACUUUCCCUUGAUUCAUAGAUUUAGCUAGAUAGUCUAAACCAAGUGGGAUCAAAAUCCCAUAUUUAUUUUAAAUACUUUUUGAAUAAAAAUAUUUGGUCUUAUUUCUCUACCAUAUCUAUCUUUAGAAACUUUUGCAAAUUAUUUUUUAUAUUGCUAACUGAAACCAAAAGCCUGCAAACUAAGCUCAUGUAGGCCUCUUCAUUGCUAAUCAUGCAUUUGAGAUAUUCCUUAUUCAAGUAAAGAUUUUUAUGUUAAAAUUUUUUAAUCCUAUAAUUUGCAGAGUUGCGUUUAUUAAUUUAAGAUUUCAAUAAAUUGCAUUUAAAAUUUGAAAGCAUUUAUUUUGCAAAAUGAGCAAAUUUGCCGAAUUUUAUUUGAAAUGAGCUUCGUAUUGUGGAUAUUCAAUUUAUUUCAAAUAUUGUUUGCUCUUUUUUUACCACGGAAUAUUAUUAAAAUGAAAGUAGAAUUUUUAUAGUGAUUCUAUUACUUCAACUUUAGUUAUAAGGUUGACUAUUUUAUUUUUUAAUUGUCACAAAAAAUUUUGUAUUAAAAUUUUUGAUUUUUACCUGUAUAUUUAUUUGCUAUACUUGUUAACAUGAUCUUUGCUUCUGUUGAUAUCAAAUAUAUUGAAAAUGAAAUCUGUACUGUUUUUGUUAUCCUAUUCUGUUGCAUCUGGACUGUUCUGCAUUUGGAGAAUUUAAUAAUGAAAAAAUCAUUAUUUUAUGCUGUUUAUAUCUCAUUAGGAAAUAUGUUAAUUUUUGUUUCCUUUACAAAAUAUUUGUUUUAUCACAGUUUUAAAAAUCUGUUGACAUUGAAAGAUAUCUAAAGGCAUAUUUAACUGUUUAAUGUCAUUUAUGCAUGUUAUAUGGUGAUUUUCUAUCUCUUUAACGAAUUAAAAAUUUUCAGAAUUUGUAAUAUUCCUAAAUCCGAAAUUCUUAAAUUUCAUAAAGAAUUUUACACUGUUCUUUCUUGUUUUGUUAAAAUCAUGCACUGAUUUAAUUAUCACUGAAUAUAUAUGAGUACCUAUUGAAUAUAUCAACUCAGAACUAAUUUCAGAGAUUUGAAAGCCCUAAAAUGACAUUUUUUUUAUUUUACUUUUUCUUUCCCCCUGUAUUGGUUUUUUUUAAAAAGCUGUGUUUACCUGAAAAAGAGUGAUAUGAUCUGUAAUGCAUCUGUAUUUUGGGUUCUGUUUCUAUCAAUGCUACAUUUUGGAGGGGGAGGGCAUUUCUAUUAUGAUCUGUUGCAAAAUUAUAAUUUUUAAAAAGUAACCACUUAAGUCAUUUUUUUAUGAAAAAUUGUUGAAAUCACAGAAUUUUGAUUACUUAAAAAAUAUUAUUCAUCACUUAAUUUAUUAAAAAAAAUGAUCUUGUAUAAUGAAUUUUCAAAUGCAAAUUUUGAUUUUUAAUUGUUCAGACCAGUGAUAAGUUAAGCAUUUUUAACUUUUCAGGAUUAUGUAUGAUUUUGUUCACUAAUUGCUUUUGGUUGUGUGAAUAUUUUUUCCUGAAUGUUUUUAGAUUGCAGGUUGAUUGCAUUAUUUUAUCAUUUUGAAUUAUAUUUAACCUCUGUAUUUUACUUAUUUCAUCUUUCACUAAUUUUUUCACUGCUCAUUUGUUUUUAAACAAAGAAUCAAAGCACAAACUUUUUACUAUUAAUUACUGUCAGAUCUGUUUUACAUUUUACAUCUUUAUUUGUGUUGAAAAAUGCUGUUAAUUUUUCCAGACUAUUUCUUUGAAGAAUAGUAUUUGUGAUGUAGUUGCAUAGUUGAAAACUUUGCCUACUGUUAUUGUGCUUGUUGUUAUCUUAAUAAAAAAUGUGAUAUUAGAGUUUUUGUCUGUUGUUUAAAUGAACUUUUAUUCAUAACAGGCAACUUAAUAUUUAAAUUGAUAAUUUCAUUAUCUAAUACAAUACUUUUAUUUGAUCAUUCACAUCAAUAAAUUAGAUUGUGGUGAAUCUGACGACAGUGUCUCAUCUUUUGUUAUUGAUUCAUGAUGCACUGAUUCUAUAAAAGAUGCUAUAUGUCAGAUUAUUAUAUUUGAAAUCUGUGCAAAUUCAAAUUUUUCCUGUUCGCCCUUGAGCACCCAAUGGUUUCAUUUGAGGAAUCUAGAAUUUUAUUUAUCAGGCAGUACAUUCUCUCCCACUCCCCCCCCCCCUUCCCAGCAGAUUAGUAUAUAUUUCGGAACUUCAUAACAGGUUUCAAAAGUAAGUAAAGUAAUUGUAAUUUUUGUUAUUUGAUUGUAUUGUUAUAUUGAUAUUUGGAAUAAAUUUUGCAUUUUUACUGAA